AUGGAUUCUACCCUCGACAUAGGCCGCCGGGUUCUCCAGAUGAUCUGGGACCCCGAACCCACCAACGACAUGGUCCGAGACCAGCCCGUCUGGUGCCUGGGCUCCUCCUACAGACUCAGCACCCCUUCCAGUUCCCGAGUCGACCGAACAAGCACGGCCAAGACAACAGUUCCGACUCCCGCCUCCUCAGCCACAGACACAUCUUCCCCGACCACGGACGGGCCCGCAACCACGACGCCCGCGCCCGCCAGACUACCCGAGACGCCGCCCGACUCGAUAUCGAGCAGCUUCGAUUCGUCGCUGGCCUACGAGGAGGCCCCCAAGGACGGCGGCUGGCCCCCUGCCUUCCUCGACGACUUUGAGUCGCGCAUAUGGAUGACAUACCGCUCCGAGUUCGAGCCCAUUCCCAAGUCACAGGACCCCAAGGCCCUGGCCUCCCUGUCCUUCUCCAUGCGGCUCAAGACCCAGCUGUCAGACCAGCCGGGCUUCGCCUCGGAUAGCGGCUGGGGAUGCAUGAUACGAUCCGGCCAGAGUCUGCUGGCCAACGCCAUGCUCAUGCAACGGCUGGGGAGAGGCUGGCGCAGGAGGACGCAGGAGGUGGAGGAGAAGAAACUGCUCGCCAUGUUCGCAGACGACCCUAGGGCCCCCUAUUCGAUUCACAAGUUUGUCCAGCACGGCGCAACAGCUUGCGGCAAGUACCCCGGCGAGUGGUUCGGGCCCUCUGCCACGGCCCGGUGCAUACAGGCUUUGACGAACAAGAACGAAUCAAAUUUGCGAGUAUACUCGACCGGAGAUGGGCCCGACGUGUACGAGGACAACUUCAUGAAGAUCGCCAGGCCCGACGGGAAAGACUUCCAACCAACCGUCAUCUUGGUGAGCACGAGGCUGGGCAUCGACAAGAUCACGCCGGUCUACUGGGAGGCCCUCGUUGCAUCUUUGCAGAUGCCGCAGUCUAUUGGUAUUGCGGGUGGCCGGCCCUCAUCAUCACACUACUUCAUCGGCGUCCAGGGGUUGCACUUCUUCUACCUUGACCCACACUUUACCCGACCGGCUCUACCGUAUCAUGAGGAUGUGAUGGAGUACACCCCAGACGAGGUGGACUCGUGCCAUACUCGUAAGCUGCGGCGCCUCCACGUCAAGGAGAUGGACCCCAGCAUGCUGAUCGGCUUUCUGAUUCGCGAUAUGGACGACUGGGAAGAGUGGAGACGGAGCGUAAAGCACGUCCAGGGCAAGUCCAUCAUCCACGUCUCGGAUCACGACCCCGUAGCCCAAUGCGAGGCUCAGGGCAGCAGCUUCUUGGACCAGGUGGAAGCGAUGAGUGACGAUGAGGAUGACGGUGACACCGUCCUUGACGAGUAA